UGGGUGGGAGGAUCGAUUGGUAUAUGGUUUAUUCAUGCUUGACGUAUUAUCAUACUAGUGUGAGUGUCACACGGCAUUGUAUGUUUCUGAAGAUAUAUCGUAGCAUUUACGAUAAUUCUUUGUUUGACUUGGCGAUGAUAUUGUAAACACCAAACUAUGUCAGAUCAAAUGGUUGAUCCUAAUGAGCCAUCAGCGUACAUUGCAAAUGCUGAUGGUACAUACACAGCCAUACCGUUCAGUCAGACUGAAGAUGGGCAAGUGGUAUUACAACUAAAUGAGAUGGGUUUGUCCAAUGAAGGUGAAGAAAUGGUUCUAAUUGCUGCUGAUGACACAGCAACAUUGGAAAGUCUGAUUGCUUCGGGUGCUGUUACAGCUAUUGCUGCUGAGAAUGGUACAGAGUAUCUACAGUUCACAGAUCCUGGUAUGGAAGGAGCUCAGGUCAUCGAGUUACCAGCAGAUCAAAUGCAACUUUGGGAUCCGAAUUCUAAAGCAUACUAUGAUGCAUCAGGUAUAGGACCUGGCUUCGUUGCUUUAACAGGGCAAUCUAGUGGUGUCACUUACCGUUGUCCAUCUUGUCCAGCUAUGUAUGCUAAUGCUAACGCUUUUACUAAACAUAUGCGCGAAAAACAUUUCGUUAAAGUUUACACAUGUCGUCAAUGUGAAGAGUUUUUCGAAACUCUCAGUCAGUUAUUUCUGCACGCUCGACGCAGUCAUGUUGAUCCUAAAAAACCAAAACGAAAUCCGGCCAAUUUCAAAUUUCAUUGUGACCAGUGUAACUAUAUGACGAAUAAUGGUGGGACAAUGGAACAUCAUAAACGAGCACAUACAGGAGAAAAACCUUUUGUUUGUGAUGUUUGCAAUAAACGUUUUGCUCAGAAAGCAAAUAUGAAAACUCAUCGAAAUCGACAUAUUCACCGGGACAAGAUAUUCCGUUGUGACACGUGUAAUAAAGCUUUUUCAUCUUAUGACAUUUACCUUGCUCAUCUUCGAACAAGAGAACAUGAACUUCGAGAACAUUUCGCUAUGAUGGCAUCUUCACAGUUGGCUUUAGAGUGUUUGGGUUGUGCAGUUACCUUCGAUAGCAUAUAUAACCUGAAUAAGCAUACAAGAAGCUGCCGUAUUGUUCGUACUCUACAAACUAAAUUUCGAUGUUUACCGUGUAAUGCCUAUGUCAGUGAUGUGGCAUCGUUGAAAGCUCAUGUAAAAGCUCACGAAGGCAGUCAAAUCAUAUCGUGUCCUGUAUGUGGUGAACGCGGAUUCCCAGGUUUCAAUCAACUAAAUCAUCAUAUUACAAGGGCUCACGCUUUGAAGGUUAAUCGUCGUCACGUUUGUCGUUAUUGUGAAUCCACUUUUGAGAUUAAGAAAGACUUAGAUAUGCACAUUCGAAGUAUGCACGCUGAAGAAAGGAACGCUCGUCAAUCGAGGGGAGCUGUUGGUCGCCUGAAAUGUCGAUAUAACCAUUGUGAAUUCACAACAAAUUCAAUAAUGUUGUUAGAUCGACAUCAUGAUCAACAUCGACGUCAAGAAGAAGAUGGGGAAGAUGUUGGACUUGAACUUCCUCCUGCUCGCUACUCAUACACAAAACGGAAAAAGCUAAAGAUGUCCAAGCGAAAUCGACUUGUUGAUGGAUACGAAGAUGAUGAGGAUGCAGAGACUGGUGAUGGCGAGGGAGAUGAUGACAUGGCUGAUGAUGAAGAUGAUGCUUAUGAAGAUGUUGGUGUAGAUGGUAAUGUUACUAGACGUACUAUUACUCUUAUAAAAUCCAAUACUCGUAAAGUACAGGGCAAUGAAGAAUACACUUCAGGAAGUACAGGUGGUGUUGGUGUUUUAAACGAAAGCAGUACAACUAAUCGUCGUAUGUCUAGAGCACGUCGUCUUCCAGCUUGGUAUAAAGAUUACGAUACCGAUUUUGUUAUGCAUGAAGAAGGUGUAAUGGAUAGGGAAGAAGUACAAGCUCAACUCCCACCAGGUAUAGAAUUAGAAGAUCCAUCUGCUGUAGAUAAAGAAGAUGUUCCAACAGAAGAGUGGAAUAUUGUCGUAUAUGAUGAUGAUGAUGAUGAUGAUGAAGAUGAAGAUAGUCCUAUAGAUUACGAAGAUGAAGAUAGUAAUGUUAUAAACGAUAGUAGUAACUGUGAUACUACUGGUCUAUUAAAUGUACAUGCAUUUGCAUAA